AUGCCGAAUCCUACUUCCCCUGUUUCACCAACAUCCGUUGGGAAGAAGCGAUCACAUCCGGUUACUGAAUCCGGGUCCAUUCCGCCGGAAUCCUCCACGCAAUCGCAGCGACAUGUUCCCAACGACGGACGUGCAGUUACAGUCUCCUCUUCCUCCUCCUCCUCCUUCCGCAAUGUUUCUGCUUGCAACCGAUGCCGUCAGCGCAAGAAUCGUUGUGAUCAGCGACUUCCGCGAUGCCAGUCAUGCGAAAAGGCUGGAGUCCGCUGUGUUGGAUACGACCCGAUCACCAAACGCGAAAUCCCACGCAGUUAUGUAUACUUCCUAGAGGUACGAGUGGCAUACCUUGAAAAGCGUCUGGUAGACCACCGGGUUGAGUUCAAAGGCGCCGCGGCUUUCGACGAAGAGGCGGCUGUCAAAGUGGAAGCGGGUUACGAAUCUACUACGCCAACGCACAUUGCCCCGUCGGACGGCCCAGCAGCCCCUGAAGUAUCCGCAGCGAAUGGAAAUGGUAACUCGGUUCGGAUUAAGGAAGAUAAAGAAGGUCUGGUGGAGGGAUUGGAUAAAGCCAGGCGCGGGCAAGACCCGGAAAACAACCAGGAUCCGGCGAAGGAGGAUAGCUGGCGAAUACAGAACCUGGUGUCGAACAUUGGAAUGGUAUCAGUGCAAGGAACGUCUGACCCGCGAUAUUUAGGCUCGACUUCUGGAAUCUCUUUUGCCCGAGUGGUUUUCGCAGCCGUCAAGAGUUCUGUCCCGGGAAACGCCUCCGAGCGUGGCCCCAUACGUCCCAAGGAGCCCCUUCCGCAUAGUGCGACAGGAACUGGGGGGAGUACCAUGCGGGACUCAUUCUUUGGACUGCAAACAAGAUCCAUGAUGAAAUGCGCUGCUUUCCCCGACAGGGAUUUAGCCGAGAAGCUAGCCGAUCUUUACUUUGAGCACGCCAACCCGCAAAUACCCAUCCUUCACCGGUCAGAUUUUAUGGAACUGCUUGACCGUACAUAUGCCGCUGACGAGAAGAACCGCUCGCCCCGAAGCCUUUACAUCCUGAAUAUCGUCUUUGCCAUUGGCGCUGGGAUUAUAUUCGAGGACAAACCAGCCGCAGACGAUCAACAGGAGGGUCGUGGUCGUUCCCCAGCCACAUCCAAAAGGCUGCGCCUCUCCGGCCAUCAAUAUCAACCGGAAGAAUACCAUGCGUCUGCGAUCAUUCACUUGGAAUCUUUUCUCUCAACCUCUACAGCCAACGAUGGCUUCGGGGCGUUGGAAGAACUUCAAGCGGUUCUCCUUCUUGCCAGUUUUGCGUUACUCCGGCCCGUGGCCCCUGGACUUUGGUAUAUUGUCGGAGUGGCAAUGCGACUGGCUGUUGACCUUGGCCUCCAUUACGAGGACGGCACGGGAAUCGAUGCCCCCGGAAACGAGAACAUAACCCGGUCACAUGAUAAAGAAGAAAGCAAGGGAAAGGGGCAAAUUGAUAUGCACGAGCGCGGGCGUCGAGAAUGGGUGCGUGACUUCCGCCGACGACUGUGGUGGUGUGUCUAUAGCUUCGACCGUCUUGUCAGUUGCUGUGUUGGUCGCCCAUUUGGGAUCAGUGAUCAAGCUAUUAGUACUGAGUUUCCAUCCGUUUUAGAGGACAAAUAUAUCACGAAAUCUGGGAUAACGAUGGCCCCUAGCGGCGCCCCAAGUUAUAAACAUGCAGCGUUCCAUUAUUUCAAAUUGCGAUUGUUACAAUCGGAGAUCCAGGAUGUCCUACAGUACCAACAGGCACGGUUCGCAAGGCAAAGGACCCCAUACUCGGCAAAGAAUUUCAUGCGCGCCGAUAUCAUGUCACCUUUUCUCCAAGGGUUUGAUUCUUUCCGCUCGUGGAGGAAGGAUGUCCAUCGACGGUUGGCGGAGUGGCAACAGAGCGCACCAACGCCUCAGGACACCGGUGUACGGUUUUCGGUUGAGUUUCUUGAGCUGAAUUAUUGGCAAGCUGUCAUCAUGCUAUAUCAACAGAGCCUAACCGUCCCCGCUGAGCUGGCGGACGAGCUUUCUCCUGCUGAGGAGGUUUCUAGCCCGUCAUUCUCACAGGUAGAUGAAGAUGACGAGGAUGAUAUCUAUUACAAGGUGGCAGAGGCCGGACAAAAAGUGAUUCGCAUCUAUCGCCAAAUGCAUCGGGUGCGUCUGGUCAAUUAUACAUAUCUAGCCACCCAUCACAUUUUCAUGGCAGGUCUCUCAUUUUUAUAUGCAAUCUGGCACUCUCCGUGGGUGCGGAGUCGGUUGACACUUGACGAAGUGGACUUUACAGUGCUUGCUGCGACCUCCGUGCUUGGAGACUUAAUGCAUAAAUGCCCGCCUGCGGAGGCGUGUCGGGACGCGUUCGACCGAAUGAGCAAAGCCACGAUCGAAAUGAGUCUCUCGACCACUGGGUUCGGGUCUCAGGUUGACCUUGGCCAAAUCCGAGCGAGCGCCAGUGCAGCCAGACAGGCCAACGCGAUGCACUCGAGCCGAUCCAGACAAUAUGCAAGUCGUCAGCGGCAUGGUCCAGCUCGGCGACAAAUCCAGGUGAGGCAAUCUCGACCUGUUCCCAGAUUUGAUAUGAACCUCGGAGACCUUUUCGGCGACAGUGGUUCUGUUCCCGAGAGGCAGGGCAGCAGCAGCAUUCGUAAACCUGUGCCGCCUUUCCCCGUGUCCGAAACUUCGGACCCGAAUUUCGCGACAGAUCGAUCAGCUCGACCAGCAAGUCAGCGCACGCCAUCGAUGGAAUACUAUGGGAAUUAUGAGACUUCUGUCUACUACGGUAACUCUCCUCAGCCAAAUGGGUCCCCGAGCAGCGCCGGUCCUGCGACCGCUGGACCGCAGUUCCAACCCGCGGAUCCAGAGAAUCCCUCUGGAAUGGGUCUUGAUUUCUUGGAAUAUGAUUCCUCAGGCAUUGAGCGUCAGAUGUCCAUGGGAUCUGAUGAGAACCCGGAUUAUAACUCACACGGUAUAUCUUCGUUGGGGCACGGAGCGGAACAUAGUGUUGGAAUCGAUCUUGGGUUUGGCAUGGCAGUUGACUUUCAGCAUGACUGGAGUGAAAACGCCCACUACGAUUUACUUGAAGGGUACUUUUUUGGGGGAUCAGGGCCGGGCCCUGGGGUCGGGGGGAUAUAA